CAACUUCGUAGUUCAGAUUUGCAGGUACCCUGUAUUCAGAUAGAUCUUGAGAUCUAGUCUUUUCCAAUGAACUAGCUAGCGGUUCAAGUUUGAUUAAAAGAAAUUCAACUCUGUCCCCGGCUAGUACUCCUAUACCUUAAUAAACAAACCGAGGUGCUCAGUUCAUGCCUCUUAACUGCAUCGCCAAUUUAUUUGGCAUAUACAGUUAGCUUCGUGUCAAACCGCUAGUUGUGUGCAGUGGUAUACGAAUUAACAAUCCCCCUCCAAUCCCGUUCCAUCUUCUUUCUCCCGCUGUUAAUCCCAACCAGAUUCCUUUCACAGGUGCAAGGCAUCGAGGGGCUAUAUAAAAAGCGCGCCACACCCGCUCGAAUCGCUUUAAGACAAGUUAAACCACCACCACGGCAAAAAUUCGAUAAUGGAGCACCACCACCACCUGCAGCGGCACUUGUCGCCUACCCAAACCCAAGAGGAUCUCAUGAUCAGCCCGGACUUCUUCGUCGACGUUGACCAGUUGCAUUUCCACGACGCCGAUGUCGGCGGCGGCAGUGGCGGCUUCGAGCCGGUCGCCGCCACGGCGGGCGUCGUGGUGGAUGACGGCGCCUGGAUGGAGGACCUGAUGCAGCUCGGCGACGAGCUGUUCGGGGAGAACAAUGAAGUGGUGGUGGACGCCAUGGCUGAUGAUGAUGACCGGUUGCAGUACCAAUUAGAAGCGUGGUAUGAUGAUCAUCAGCAGCAAGAGGACUCCCCGGAGCAGCCGUGCAGCUACGACGACGUGAUCAGCCCCGGUGGCUCCGGGGAUCAUCAGGGACCUGUCGGCGACGACAACGGCGACCUGUCGGCGACGAGGAAGCGGCGCGACCGGUCCAAGACGAUCGUGUCGGAGCGGAAGCGGCGGUUCCGGAUGAAGGAGAAGCUCUACGAGCUCAGGUCCCUCGUCCCAAACAUCACAAAGAUGGACAAGGCUUCGAUCAUCGCGGACGCGGUGGAGUACGUGAAGAACCUGCAGACGCACGCCAGGAAGCUCAAGGAGGACGUGGCGGCGCUCGAGGCGCGCCCGGGGCUGCCGGGGCAGCUCAGGCGGCUGCAGCAGCAGGACCGCCGCCGCCAAGCGGCUGGUGGUGGCCGCGGCAACGACGAGGGGAUCAGCAGCCGCUCCAGAGGAGGCGGCGGCGGCGGGGCGAGGGUGACGAGCGUCGGCGCGGCCCAGGUCGGCGACGGGCUCUUCUUCGUGACGGUGGAGUGCGAGCGGCGGGACGGCGUGGCGGCGCCGCUCUGCGCCGCCGUCGAGUCGCUCGCCUGCUUCCGGGUCCAGAGCUCCACCCUCGGCUGCUCCUCGGACCGCGUCGUCUCCACUCUCACCCUCAAGGUGAGUGAAGCAGGGGAGGACAUGGUGAUCAGCGAGCGCACGGUGAAGCUGUGGGUACUGGCGGCGCUUCUCAAGGAGGGCUUCCGGCCCGAAGCGUCGACGGCUGAGAUUAUCUGCUGAUGCAGCUAAUGUUUAAUCCGCUAGCUCCCCUCCUCCCAUGGAACCUCUUUCUCUUGUUUUAGUAGCUCCCAUCAUCCCAUCCCAUGUUCAAUGUCGAUGUAAAGUACUCUGACGGUAUCCUGUGUUGCUUCCACACUUCCUUUUGUUGCUAGUUUGCUACCAUCCGUCUGGUUCAAAACGGACGGCGAAGAGUACGGAACACGAGUGGCCAAGAUGGUACCACUCCUGUGUCAAUGUCAUGGAUCAAUCCGGACCGUCGACUCACGUGGUUGAUCAAACGGCGUGACAUGUGUGUCGUUCCUUCUAAGGAAGGAUAAAUGACAACGGACGUUGUGGUUACAUGUUGUAUUUUCACUAAGCCAUGUCGUGGUAUACUCUGUACACAAAGUACGCAAUACAGCUCAAGAAAUAGAGAUAGGCUAAAAAUCCGGCCAUAAAUAUGUUGGAACCGCAUCCACAUUGAUCGUUUGCUUCUUUAACGCCCCAAGUUCAAGUUUGAUUCAUCUAGUCAAAUCAAUCAGCCUAGCCGAGUUUGAGUCGAUAGCACGAAGUUGUUUCAAGAUUUGAAAUUUUGUGAAGCAACAACUGGUUUUUCA